CCCACCGCACACACAACACUCCCCCUAAAGCCCCGCUGAGAUAUUACCCUGCACAAAUAUCAUUGCGCUCCCCCAGUUAUCCUCAUGCGAACCCCCGCCACCACAAACCUCACCCAAGCCACCCUUCCCGAACUGUCACGAGGCGCUGUCACACACGCUACAACAUUCAAGUGACGUGACAGUCUCUCAGCUCGGAUUGGAGCCAUCUUCAUCUCUUCCUUCUCUCCCGCCCACAUCGUGGUCACGUGGCGGCGACUUCAUUACUUCCUCAAAACCCUUCUUGCAUCCACCAUAGAGACAGAAAGAACAGUAGCAUGAGAGACCGGUGGGAAUAAAAGCUUAGUCUCUAUUGUCAGCCUUCAUUAUACUGUAGCUGAAUGCAGGGAAGGCCCUGUCAUGGAUCCUGUUCAAGUGUUGAGUUUACUCUUGGCAUUACUGCUACCCCUGGGGACUGCCGUGGACGCCAACAAACACAAACGGGACACUGCGUUCGAGAUAUAUAAGAAACUGUUUGAAGUGAAGAGGAAGGAUCAGAUUAAUGCUCUUAAUAACCUGAUAGAGCUGAAUGAUGUCAACCAGCAGUAUAAGAUAAUCGAUAUAAUGCUCAAAGGCCUUUUUAAGGUACUAGAAGACUCCCGAGUGAUUUUAAUAGCAGCAGGAGUUCAGCCAGAUGGUCCCUUUCCGGAAGAUGAGAAGAUAAAAGAUGCGUAUUCACACACAGUGGAGAAUUCUGCAUUCUUUGGAGAUGUAGUUCUACGUUUUCCCAAGAUCGUUCAUCAUUAUUUUGACCGCAACUCAAACUGGAACAGCCUCAUUCGUUGGGGUAUUGGAUUUUGCAACCUAAGUGGAAUCUUCAAUGAUGGACCUCACACUCAGCUCCUUGGCCUGAUGUCACAAGAACUAGGAAUCAGUGAGAAAUCACCAGAUUACAAGAACCCUUUCAAGACAGAGAACAUGGAGUUUUUGCCUAAUACAGAUGCUUUCCAAAAAGCAUUAAGAGAGGAGGAGAAAAGAAGAAGAAAGGAAGAGAAAAGGAAGGAGAUCAGGAAGGGUCCUCGGAUAACCCGCUCACGAUCCGAGUUAUAACACCCGGACAGUUUUUUUUAAUGGUGGACUUAUGAAAGACCUGAUUGAAGCCUUAUGGGAGUUCUUGCCAUGCCAAUACAAUUCCUGGUUACAAGCUGCAUGUAGGACUUCUCAGCCUGUUACAGCAAUGAGGCACUGAAUCUGUCACCUGAGAAACCAUAUCGGAUGCAAAACGGCCACCUUGAGUCUGCAAUGCUGCAUAAUGUGACGUAUUUUAUUCCUUGCUAAAUAGGGCAUUUUAUUGUUUUGGUGUGCUCCCUUAAUUCCCCCCACCCCCUUUUCAUCUACUUCUUUUAGGCUUGUGAAGAUUCAUCAUUUUAUAUAAAAAGGGGACAUGAAACUUUGUGUUAAAACUUGUCUUUAUGGGGAGAUUUACAGGCAUAUGCCCAGCUCUGUGUCUCGGCCAAAUUGAGGCUCCCAUGAUGCUAUUAUUAAAAAUCCACCAAACUGUAAGAGAUGUUUAUAUAAAUCAUCUUUGCAAACAGAA